GGACUCUUCGCGAAGUUUAGUAUGGCGGCGAUCAGCGCACGCAUUGUAUCUUUUUUGUUGCGUAAUUCUCGAAAAUUACGCGAAUAAAUUCGCGUAACGGCUUGUAGUACGGUCGGGUUAACAGCGUCUCCGGUGGACCAACAAAUAUGCAGAAGAGUGGAAACGAGUGCUGCUAAUGUCGGUAAGGAUGCGUGUGGAAACGAAGCCAAAAACUCGGUAACGAACGUAGAACAGUCUGCUGCACGGAAAAUGUCUGCUAUUAAAACGACGGGGACAGCAGGACCACCCCGAUUGCUUCCCGUGCUCAGCCACCUUAGAUAUGAGCACCUUGUCGCCGGUGUUUCCGGAGGUGUUGUUUCAACCCUGAUGCUUCAUCCCUUGGACCUCAUAAAAAUCAGAUUUGCUGUGAACGACGGUGUCACUAAAACGACGCCUCAAUACAACGGACUGAGAAAUGCGAUCUCGGAGAUUGUCAGGAUGGAAGGUCUUCGUGGACUCUACAGGGGAGUCAUGCCGAAUGUUUUGGGAUCUGGCAGUUCCUGGGGUUUCUAUUUUUUCUUUUACAACACUAUUAAAACGUGGAUCCAGGGUGGAAACACUAAGAAGCCACUUGGUCCUACGCUACAUAUGGUUGCAGCUGCUGAUGCUGGCAUCCUAACCCUACUAAUGACUAAUCCAAUUUGGGUAGUAAAGACACGACUUUGUUUGCAAUAUGCUGGGGAUGUUAGUCUGGCUGAAUCAAAGAGAUACUCGGGUACGGUCGAUGCUCUCAACAAAAUAUACAGAACUGAAGGCAUUAGAGGCCUGUACAGAGGUUUAGUUCCUGGAAUGUUCGGUGUGUCUCAUGGUGCCAUCCAAUUCAUGGCGUAUGAAGAGAUGAAGAAUAAAUAUAAUAUCUACAGAGAUCUUCCCAUCGAUACAAAAUUGGGCACGAUGGACUACAUUGUUUUUGCAGCCUUGUCAAAAUUGAUAGCCGCUGCCUCAACAUAUCCAUACCAAGUGGUCAGAGCCAGACUGCAAGAUCAUCAUCAUGAUUAUCGAGGAACAUGGGACUGCAUUCAACUGACAUGGAGGGGCGAAGGUUGGCGUGGCUUUUACAAAGGUUUGGGGGUCAACCUAACCAGGGUAACACCGGCGACAGUGAUCACCUUCGUUACCUAUGAACACGUGUCCGAACAUCUCCUGAGAAAGAAUCUGUUUAAUGUCCUGGAACCGAAGCAAUCAACGUCGGUGACGAACGAGCAGGCCUGAGACCUAAGAGAUAGACAAAGAAAUAGAGAGGGAGAAAUAUGACAAUGAGAUAGAGUGGUAACAAAUACGACCGGCAGAGGCGCGACGGAGACACCUUUAUUGUUUAUUUCGUUUAUCCUUUCUCUUCUACUUUUUUCCAUUUAGCAGGGAGACCAAGUGUUGACUUUUCUUUGUUUUUUUUUUCUUUGUUUUUUUUUUGUCGCCACUGGCAUUUCCUUCAUCGUAUCCGUUCUUUAUGUCCAGACGAAUCAUUCCAGCGCGAUUGUUAAUAUUUCCCACGUGGAUUUCUCGCGAGCUCGACUUCUAGAAUUUUCUAAUCGCGGGAAUAAAUGGAUGUUACGUCUGUAACAGAGUGUCGAUUCUCUCGCUGCUCUCGAAUUCCCCGCCGUUUUUCCGCCGACUUAUAUUGUUAUGUCCGGAAACUUCGUUGAACGACGCUAACGUCACGCGGCGCCACUGUCGCCUUCUUGAAUGUACGUAACCUCCUUUACGUUACUCCAUGCUUUUCGGGCGCUGGUAAUAUUCUUCCAAUGGAUUUUUCUUGAGGUCGUACGCCAAUUCUUAUAUAUGUAUUGUGCUUAGAUUGGUAUCAGGAUAUAUGUGUAUAUAAUAUACAACAAGGUGCAGUGUCUGCAAUUUUUUUGGCAUUCAUUUAUGCAAUAAUAUCGUUUACUUCGAGAUCAUUGGAAAUACAAGUCGUCGCGAUAUUUCGUCUUGUUUGUUAUCAUCAUUGAUAUUUUUAAUUAACAUACGUAUGAUUCGCGAGUCAGCUGAAAAUUAUAUGCGAUAGUGGAAAACGAAUGUUUCAUCGGGAACUUUAGAAUUCGCCUUUCGGUCGAAUUGUAACGGUUACACGUCGAUAGACAUGAUAUAUAUAUAUACACACACACUUAUUUACCAAAAAUUGUAAACAUUUUGUUUUACUCACGUGUCGCUAACACGUGGCGAAAAGUUCGUGGGAAAAAGACAUCGUCGAGUAGUUCGAUAAUAGAUUUAUUAUUUUCGUAGAUUAGCGCUUAGGUUAGUUAACAGUAAGAUUUAAUUAUUCAUCGUGUUCCUGUAAUUGUCCAUAGUAAAUAUGUCGAUGUUGAAGGAGAAUAGUGCACGUGGGCUGUACCAGUGAUGGCGACGAGCAUUUUGAAAAGUUGCAUUUCCCACGGACACGGAACCUCUGAACAUCGUAUUAUGUAUUAUCAUUUAGCAAAUUUGGAAGGGAAAAUACGUCUAAUGUCGUAUGCGCUUCGUGCGCUUGAUAUAGGUAAGGAUUUUAAAUGCCACUGAAAAAAAAGAUGUCGCAGCAAGGUCACGCUACUUAAUUUUUUUGUUUUAAUCCUAUCACGUUUUUCACAUCACGCACGCUGGACACACGUACGUCAGGCACGUUUGCGAAAUUUUCGUAAUUUCGUACGCAAUUCCUUGGAAGAUCAUUUUGAGGUUAGUUGGAGUUGCGAAAAAAAAAUUUGAUUCUAAGGAGACGCCUACGCAGAGGAGGGGUGGGAGAAAAGGGCAGGAAGACCGUCAGUGCCAAAGGAAAUCGUUCAAUAAUAGUUUUCAAUGUUGCUUUUAUUUCUUCUCAGUCCUUUUUUCUCUUGUUAUUUGUAAAAAAAAUUAUUACUUCACUUUCCCGCGAUCAGAGGGACGCGCGUACAAUAGUUCGUACAAUUCGCGAUGCGCUGGCGUGUCGUAUCGAUUAAUUUUAUCGAUCCAUAUAUCGAUUAAUCUACAUAGCUUAAGUGAUUUCCCGCUAACUUUACACGGUGUCGCUUUCUGCACCGGGGUAUUAAAAAAAAAUAAUUAUUCCACCAAGCGUAUGUAAGGAUAAACUUUAUGCAUACGCAUAACCUACAAUAACACACUGUACCGUAUGUUAAAUACACGCUAUAGGCUAUAGCCGUACGUACCGUUUAAAAAGACCUAUGGCAAAUUUUCCUGAUACCUACAGAUAUAAAUGUGUGCUUGAGGUAAAAAAGUUCUCGAGUGGAUAUUUCAUUUUGCUGUGGAGUUCCGAUCAUCCUGCUGAGCCCUAGUCCGUAAGUGUGUAAAGCAAUGUCAUCAAUUGAUCCUUGUUCAGUACGUGUGUAACGAGGGAUGUAGAGAAAAGAAAGAUAAAGACAAAAAAAAUUAAUAAACAAUGUAAACAACAA